AUGGAUGAUACCAUUCAUUGGUACCCGCCCGCUCUAAAUUGGGUCAAGCUUAAUUUUGAUGGGUCUGUUACCUCAUCGCCUGCUGCUACUGCUAUUGGAUUUGUUAUUAGAGACAGUUUGGGGAACCCCUUAGUUGUUGGCGCUCUUUGUUUAAAUGUCUUGAGUGUUUAUGUGGCAGAAUGUUGUGCCCUUAAAGAUGGUCUCACGGGUGCCAAAAGAUUCAACUACAAGUCCAAUGUGGUUGAAGGUGACUCCCUCCUUACUGUCAAUUGCGUCAACAGAAAUUGUGAUGUUCCUUGGCCUCUUAGACCCCACAUUGGAGAUGCUCUUCACAAGGUUUGA